AUGUCGACAAUUUCAAUGAAAGUUGACUUUGGUAGGCCUAUAUGUAAGCUCCAUGCAUGGAUCGCAUUUGGAGGAGGGCAUGGUGUUGUGCCGGAGGAAGCUUAUUGGAACUCAGUGUUCCCAAACAAUUCAAUGCCAAAGGCGUUGAAAGAUAUCUUACCGGCGGCAAAAUAUGAUCGGGGACUCGAGCGUAUUGACAACAAUUCGCAGGGAAAUGAUGAGGAAUUUUAUGACUGGAGCGGUAAAAGCUAUCGAACCGGAAGUGACAUGUUUUACGAUUGGAGUGAUGAACUGCGAGUGUUUUAUGAUUGGAGUGAUGAACCGCGAGGAAAUAACGAGGGUCAACACUUUUAUGAUUGGAGUUCUGAACGUAGUAACGAACUGCGAGGAGAUAACCGAGAUGCAUUUUAUGUUUGGAGCUCUGAGAGUAGUAACAAAUUUCGGGCAAAUAAUGAUGAUGGGAGUGGCAAUAACGUCGAUGAAACUGUCUUCUUCUUCCCGAAGGAUCUCCGCUCCGGUAAGCUGGUGAAGUUACCAGCUCUCACAACAAGCGACAAAACCCCAUUUCUGCACGACCGAGUGGCCAAGUCGAUACCCUUUUCAAGCGACGAAUUGCCCGAAAUCUUGAACCACUUCUCCGUAAGACCUCAAACAAAGGAAGCCAACCUCAUAAGCAAGACAGUCAAAGGCUGUGAAAGAGUAGCCAUGAAGGGAGAAGACAAGUUCUGCGCCACAUCAUUAGAAUCCUUCAUAGAUUCAAGCAUCUCACACCUCGGGAAACAAAUCCAGCUUCUAUCAACCGAGCUCUCGAAAGAAACAAACAACUCACUGUUUAUAAUCGCCAAGGGAAUGCAAGACAUGGGAGAAAACGAGCUCGUCUGUCACAAGAUGAAGUAUCCGAGAGCCGUGUUUUUGUGCCAUUCCAUCGACAAAACAACGGUGUAUAAGGUUCCAUUGGUGGGCAGAGAUGGGACGAAAGCGAAUGCUUUGGCGGUUUGUCACAAAGAUACAUCAGCUUGGAACCCCAAACACAUGGCAUUUCGGAUUCUCAAAGUCAAGCCCGGUACUGUUCCCAUCUGUCAUUUCCUUGUUAAAGACGCACUCAUCUGGGUUUCGAACUGA